CAACGUUGUUUCCAUGUCAUUUCAAUGAAAUUACAGUGAACCCACGUGGAAUAGAUGUUGAAUUGACAUCUGUGCCCAGUGGGAAGAUUUGUCUAUGUUAAAAAUAUGUUACAAUGUUGACACAAUCCUGUGGUUGAAAUUUCACCCUCAAAACAACAAUUUACUUUGAUUACUUUUUUCAAAUCCAAUGUAGAUUCCACGUCACAAUACGCUGACAAAUUACGUUGGAACAAAGUUGAUUCAACCAAUUUGUGUCCAGUCAGAGCACUCCUAACCCUACUCCCACCGCAGCACCUGUUGCUCCAGGCUUUACCCACACAUGACAAUAUGGUAUAGGAAACCUACAAAAUAAUAGCAAGAACCCCCUCUGCAGUUUAGAAAAUGCUGUCAUAAUGCUGUGCUGAUAAACAUUUACAAUACAUGUUUAACAUUUGUAGGUUUCCUAUUCCUAUGCCUCUCAUUUGUAGGUUUCCUAUCCUAUUCCUAUGCCUCUCGUUUCUCAGAAACAGGCAGACUGACUGACUGGGAGGUCAGUUGGGCUAGGCAUAAUAACUAAGGACUAGUUUCUUAGAAUCCUGUUGUGGGCAGGUACAGUAGGUAGGAGGCCAGGGGACGUGAUUUGGCUUUUAAAGACAUUUUUCCCUUGGGGGGGCGGAGCAGGACCUGUUCUACAAGUCCAGGUCACCCAUAGGAUGUGAUCUCAUGUCCCUCAUUUACUAUGUUGUGUGUCCUUAGCUGUCAGUCCAGUGUCUGUUCCUGGAUGUGAGAGAGCUGGCAGAGAGCCUCAGGAAAGAGUAGAUGCUACAGCACUGCUGAAAGAUAUUUCCUCCACUGAAAAGGGAAUACACCACAGUAGUCUCUAGCUACAGUGCAGGAGCCAGUCAUGGCGCUGCGCCCACGGGCUUCCUCCCAGCCUGGGAAACCUUCGUUCUUACAGAGCCCCAAGGUGGUCAUGGCUCUGCGGCCCAGGGCCGUGUCCUCUCACUCGGGCUCCAUGCUGGAGGAUGAGCUAACCUGCUCUGUGUGCUGCGAGAUCUUCAGGGACCCUGUGGUGCUCAAGUGCACCCACAGCUUCUGCCGGGCCUGCCUGCAGCAGUUCUGGAACCAGAAGAAGGCGAGGCGCGAGUGUCCCGUGUGCCGCAGGAAGUGUUCCCUGACAGAGCCCACAGUGAGCCUGGCUCUGAAGAACGUGGCCGAUACCUUCUUCAGGGAGCAGAGGAGCCAGGGCGAGGCGGGCGGGGGGGCAGACAGAGGGGGCGUCCCAGUGAAGUCUGAGGCGAAGUGCCACACACACGGGGAGGUGCUGAAGCUGUUCUGCCAGGACGAUGCCGAGGUUCUCUGCUGUGUGUGUCACACGUCUAAGAGGCACCAGGGCCACUGUGUAAUCCCACUGGAGGAGGGGGCCCAGGAGCUCAAGGAAGAAAUGAAGAAAGAAUUGAUCCCUCUGAAGAAGAGCCUCCGUGGCCUCUAUGAAGCCAAGCAGGAGUGUGAUGACACAACUGUGCACAUCAAGAGCCAGACCCAGCAGACAGAGAAUCACAUCAGAGAGGAGUUUGAGCAGCUCAGGCAGUUCCUUCAGAAUGAGGAGGAAGCCAGGAUAGCUAUUCUACAGGAGGAAGAUGAGCAGAAGAGACAUCUGGUGAGGAAGAAGGCAGAGGGCAUCACGGCAGACAUCCUCACCCUCUCUCAUGCCAUCAUCGCUAUUGAUAAUGACAUAGCUUCCAGUGAUGCUCUUUUCCUCCAGAACUACAGAAACACAAAGAAGAGAGCUGUGAUACCUCAGAAGGGUCCAGAGGAGAUCUCCGGUGCUAUGAUCAACGUGGCAAAGCAUGUCAGCUCCCUCAAGUACAAGGUCUGGGAGAAGAUGGUGGGGCUGGUGGAGUACACUCCUGUGACUCUGGAUCCUAACACAGCCUACUCCUGGCUCUCUCUGAACAAGGACCUGACCAGUGUGACCAACAGUGGUCAUGUGCAGGUGCUCCCAGACAACCCAGAGCGUUUUGACCACUUCGUGUUCGUCCUGGGCUCUGAGGGCUUCACCACCGGCUGCCACGCCUGGGAGGUAGAGGUGGGGGACAAGGACGACUGGAUGCUGGGUGUGGUCAAGGAGUCCAUUAACAGGAAGGGACGGAUCUCAGGCUGCCCUGAGGGUGGCUUGUGGAUGAUCUCCCACUGCGAGGGUGAGUAUAUGGCCAUGACCCGGCCACGCACCCCUCUCAAACUGACAGGGGAGCUGAAGAGGGUCAGGGUGCAACUGGACUACGAGUCUGGGGAGGUGACCUUCUCCAACCCUGUUAAUAUGAUGUCCAUCUACACCUUCAAUGAUUUCUUCACUGAGAGGAUGUUCCCCUUCUUCUGCCCCGGAGCCAACAUCAACGGCAACAACCCCGGCCCGCUGAAGAUCUGCCCGGUCAAAGUGGCUGUGUGGAACAGCGCCACCUGGUGAUGAGGAGGGGUUCUGACGGCACCAUUCAAAGAGAGUGGUAGCUGUACAUCCAAGGCACAUAUCCAGCCUCAAGACACAUAGGUAAUGGCGUAGUGAAAUGUUUGGCACGGUGUGUGUGGAAAACAUUUUGUAAGAUCUUUUAGAGAUUUUUUUGAUUGCCUUUUGACUUUAUCGAUAGAAGAAAUGAGAUCCUGAUUAUUACUGAAAGACUCCAUUUGACAUGGGCUUUUUGCCAUGUUAUGGAAUGUGUAGUAAAGAGCACGUGUGAGAUGAAUGAAGAUAUUCAAUACCACACAAUGAAUAUUACAAUUCCUGUAUAUAAAAGCCCCAAAAGGUUGUUUUUUUCCCUUCUCAAUUGAAUAAACUUUGGGGGGGAUACCACUUGAUUUUACUCAUGUUUAUUUGAUGCAUAUUUAUAGAAGGUUUAUAGAAUGUUUAUAAA